AAUGGAGAAGCUGUGGUUCGAUGGGCGCCAUGUUGGAUCAGAUGCGCUAUACAGAUCCACGCACAAUCUCCUCCAGGAGCCAUAAUGGCGCACUGUCUUUUGCACUGUGUACGGACUUCCUUAAUCCUGGCAGGUCAGCUGACCUAUGUCGUGACAGUUUUUUUCCCUACUCAACUGCUUGGUAGGAUAUUCCAAGGAUUGUCGUUCAUUUCAUGCAAAUACAGAUUGCUAACACAGAGAAUGGAUUUCUCCAAGCUGUCUAAGAUCCAAGAUGAGGACCGCGAGGGUCAGUUCGGAUAUGUGCAUGGAGUUUCAGGCCCAGUGGUGACAGCCUCUAGCAUGGCAGGUGCGGCCAUGUAUGAACUGGUGCGUGUGGGCCACAGUGAGCUAGUGGGAGAAAUUAUCAGAUUGGAAGGAGAUAUGGCAACCAUCCAGGUAUACGAGGAGACCUCUGGAGUUUCUGUCGGAGACCCUGUGCUCCGCACUGGAAAGCCCCUCUCUGUGGAGCUGGGGCCCGGAAUCAUGGGCUCUAUCUUUGACGGUAUUCAGCGUCCCCUCAAAGACAUCAAUGACCUCACAAAGAGCAUUUACAUCCCCAGAGGGGUUAACAUAGGAGCUCUCAACAGGGACAUCAAGUGGGAAUUCUCUCCUUUUCAGAACCUGAGGGUUGGAAGUCACAUUACAGGAGGUGAUAUCUAUGGAUUUGUUUACGAGAACUCUCUAAUCAAACACAAGAUCAUGUUGCCCCCUCGCAGCAGGGGAACAGUAACCUACCUCGCUCCGCCAGGAAAUUAUGACGUCUCUGAUGUGGUGCUGGAACUGGAGUUUGAAGGAGUGAAGGAGAAGUUCACCAUGGUGCAGGUGUGGCCUGUGCGACAGGUGAGGCCUGUUACUGAGAAACUACCUGCAAAUCACCCCCUGCUGACGGGACAACGAGUACUGGAUGCCCUCUUUCCUUGUGUCCAAGGAGGGACCACAGCCAUUCCAGGAGCCUUCGGCUGUGGUAAGACCGUGAUCUCUCAGUCUCUCUCCAAAUACUCCAACAGUGAUGUCAUCAUUUACGUGGGUUGUGGAGAGCGUGGAAAUGAGAUGUCUGAAGUAUUAAGAGACUUCCCGGAGCUAACUAUGGAGGUGGACGGCAAGGUGGAGAGCAUUAUGAAGAGAACAGCACUGGUGGCCAACACCUCAAACAUGCCUGUGGCUGCCAGAGAAGCCUCCAUCUACACUGGUAUCACAUUGUCUGAGUACUUCAGAGACAUGGGCUAUAACGUCAGUAUGAUGGCUGACUCCACCUCGCGCUGGGCUGAGGCUCUUAGGGAGAUCUCCGGACGAUUGGCUGAGAUGCCUGCUGACAGUGGGUAUCCCGCAUACCUUGGAGCCCGUCUGGCGUCGUUCUAUGAGAGAGCAGGUCGAGUGAAGUGCCUGGGUAACCCAGAGAGAGAGGGCAGCGUCAGCAUUGUGGGAGCUGUGUCUCCCCCUGGUGGUGACUUCUCAGAUCCUGUGACUUCUGCCACUCUUGGUAUUGUGCAGGUGUUUUGGGGUCUAGAUAAGAAGCUUGCCCAGAGGAAACACUUCCCUUCUGUUAACUGGCUUAUCAGUUACAGUAAAUAUACACGAGCACUUGAUGAGUACUAUGACAAACACUUCCCAGAAUUUGUGCCGCUGCGUACCAAAGCCAAAGAGAUUCUGCAGGAGGAGGAGGACCUGGCUGAGAUUGUGCAACUUGUUGGAAAGGCAUCUCUGGCUGAGACGGAUAAAAUCACUCUGGAGGUGGCCAAACUCAUUAAAGAUGACUUCCUGCAGCAGAACGGUUACACUCCCUAUGACAGGUUCUGUCCCUUCUAUAAGACAGUGGGGAUCCUGUCUAAUAUGAUAGCUUUUUAUGACCUGGCCCGGCAUGCUGUCGAAACCACAGCACAGAGCGAUAACAAGAUCACAUGGGCCCAGAUCCGUGAACACAUGGGAGAAAUUCUUUAUCGAAUCAGCUCCAUGAAGUUUAAGGAUCCAGUGAAAGAGGGUGAAGCAAAGAUCAAAGCUGACUACGCUCAACUGCUGGAAGACAUGCAGAAUUCUUUCCGCACUCUUGAGGACUGAAAGGAACCUUUGACCUCACACGUGUCCCACCUCUAUCCUCCCCUGUGCUGUGCAGUGCAUUUCCCAGUGCUCCCUUGUGCAUGUGUACCUCUCGUCUGAAUAUACACUGAAUCUGUUCAGCCAAUCUGAACGAGACGAAUGAAAGUCAGAGCUAGUAGCCAUCGCUAACCUCAACACGGUCAUUAUAAACGCAAAAAGAGUGUGUGUUCUCACUCUAUAACUACAACUGUUACUUGGUGUUUUUUUGAAUAAAGGUUUAUUCGGUUACAAAACAUAAGACAAAUUAUAUGUACAACCAAUUCAAUACAAACAAAGGAGGUAACUGAAAAGGUGUAGGCUGAAGCCAUGUUUGAAAUAUAAGAUUGUAUUUUAGCAUCUUAGGCAAAUGCCUCUGUGAUCUCUCUGUGCUGAGACUCAACACUUGAAACACAAAAACAGUAAACAUUCAUCUUCUCUUUUUCUCACCACCUGCUUUCCCGUGAGUCCUCGUUGCAUGUGUUAGGAGCGCAGGGGAGCACAGUGUUUAUUCACAUUGCAGUUUUUUUUUUCUCUGUGACCAACAGAAAUGAGUUCUACAAUAAUGGGAACAAUGGAAGUCAGAAAGGGAUCAUUGAGGCUUCCCUUAUUUAUUUAUAUCUUGUUUUGUCUCAUUAAUGUGAUUUCUGCUCUGUGUGUUCCUUUGACUGUUUCUCAUGUAUGUUCAUUUGAGUGAGUGUGUGUGAGUGUGCAUGGGUGUGUGGGUAGAGUAUUGUGGCUUCUGUAGUUGUACAUUACUGCAUUUAUUGUGUGUGGUGUUGUGUGUUCAGUUCCAAAGAAUUAAACUAUUUGAAACUGUU